AUGGGGAAAGCUCAACCUUCGACAAACGGAACGACAUCCGGGCAGACAUUCCCGAGUGUACUGUCAAAACCAUGGGAGUUUCUUCGUCCCACCGAUCAAUUGCACACUCAAAUCGCGGACUCCGCAAAGCAAAUUCUCGAUCCGCUGGCAGCCUCUGUCGUGGAUUGCCAAACGCUCCGUCGCCAAGCAAACAAGAAGCGCAAGCGCACAGAGACUGGCUUUGACGAUGUUCCGCCAUUACAAUUGAAGAAUCUGUAUGUGGACGGCUUCAACUCGACUCAAAUAUGGGAGCAGGCCAUUCGCAUUCUAGAGUCUGCGGGUCGUGAGGUGGAGCGGGAUAUCACGUUGCUCGAUCAGGAGGAUGAGGAGAACUCCUCCGACGAAGAUGAUGAUCCCGAGGGCUUGAGCGGCUCCGACCCCGAAAUGUCAGCUUCCGAGAGCGACGAAGGCGAAAGUUUGUCUGACGAUUUCUCGGAAACCGGCGACGUUGAGAUGCAGGAAGAGGACAUGGAGGGACCAUCGGCAGACUCAAAGGAAGAGUCAUCGGAUGAGGAGGAUAUAAUGGAGGAGGAGGAUGGCAUGAACGAAGAUGACGCAUCAGGCGAGGAGGAAGAUGGAGGCACAUACGUCGAGGAUCCCUUCGGCCUGAACGAUGGAUUCUUCUCCAUUGACGACUUCAACAAACAAACAGAGCAUUUCGAGAGGCUAGAUGCUCGAGGCGCAGGCAACGAUGAGGAGGAUAGCGACGAGGAGGACAUUGACUGGCACGCCAAUCCUUUGGCGAGCGGCAGCAUGGGCACUGUUCCAAACUCAUCUUCGAAGAAGCCACGCGGUUCAGCGGAGGACGAAGAGAUGGACGAUGAUAGCGAGGAUGACGGUCCUACUUUCGGAAAUGCCGACCUCAAUGCGGACUCGGAUUCAGACGAGGAGGGAGCCUUUGAAGGAGAGGACGCGGGUAUGGGUGGCAUUGAGAAUGCCAACGACAUCAAAUACGCCGACUUCUUUGCUCCACCUCCUCGCAAGGCCUCGAAGAAGAAGAGCCGCGCGCUACCAAAGACACAGCCCUCUGCGGAGAUGAUCGAGAAUGACAUGGAGCGUGCCAUGGCUGAUGUUCGUCGUGACCUCUUCGACGAAGACUCCGAGGCGGAGGAGGAAGACGAAGAUAUGGCGGGUGCCGAAGAGUCCCAAGGUCCACGCUCAACGCACGAGAAACAACGUGCGCGUAUCGCAGAUGAGAUCCGCCGUCUGGAAGCGGCCAAUGUGGCUAAGAAAGAGUGGAUGGUUGCCGGUGAGGCUCGGGCCGUCGAGCGUCCCGUCAACUCCCUCAUCGAAGAGGAUCUCGACUUUGAGCGCGUGGGCAAGCCCGUCCCCGUCGUGACGAAUGAAACCACCGAGGACAUCGAAGAGCUCGUCAAGCGCCGCAUCUUGGCCAAGGAGUUCGACGAGGUCAUCCGCCGACGACCAGGCGCAGCCGACCUUCAGUCCACCCGGCGUGGACGCUUCGAGCUCGAGGACACCAAAGCCCAGCAAAGUCUCGCAGAGAUGUACGAAGCGGACCACCUGCGAGCGACCGACGCCAAUUACGUCGAUCCAAAGAACCAGAAGUUGAUGCGUGAACAUGCCGAGGUCACCGAUCUGUGGAAGGAGAUUAGUUCCAAGCUUGACCUCCUGUGCAACCUGAACUACAAGCCUCAGACUCCCCAGGUCAGCAUCAACGUGGUCACGGACGCUCCCACCAUUAUGAUGGAGGACGCCCGGCCAACGGCUGGUGGUGCCGUCGCUGGAGCCUCGGGUCUGGCUCCACAGGAGAUCUACAAGCCCGGAGAUGACGGACGUACUGCCGGCGAGGUUGUUCUCAAGACCGGUGCGGUCAUUUCCAAGGAUGAGAUGACCCGUGAAGAGAAGGCCCGCAAGAGGAGGCAAAAGAAGAGCCAGAAGAAGGAGCCGCUGACGAUCAAGCCCUCCGGCAAGAAGGCCGAGAAGCAGCAAAUUGUGUCGGACCUGAAAAAGGGCGGUGUCAAGGUCAUCAACAAGGAGGGCCAGGUCACAGACAUGAGCGGCGCCAAGGUGAGCGCGGCUCAAAAGAACAGUGGAGAUACCCUCAAGCUUUAG